CAUGUAAACGUAGUCUAUGUGAACUCGGCUGGAAAGCAUGAGAUCCAUCGCUGCAGAACUGCUCAUAGGCAAAAUCAAGAGUGUUCAUACCAACAUUGAAGUUGGCGAACUGGAUCUGACAUUUGGAACCACAAGUGCCAGAGUGUCAAUUACAAGAGUGGACCCAAGAAAAUCUUCUGGGAAUGUUACUGUAGUCUCAACAUAUCCAAGGUAAGGAACACUUUGGCCUGCGGCACCAUCGAUAUGGAUUAGCUCACUCAGAGAAUUAAUGGGUUGAUCUGAUCGGUGUUCAUUGUAGAAUGACACAGGGAUGGUGGUUACUUGUGAUCCAGUAUCAAGAAGACACAGGCGAGUAUGAAUGGCAACAUCAAUUUCUGCCAUACACUGAGAACCAACUAAUCCCUUCGGCAACCUCUUCUUCGCUUUCAGAUUGGACUUCAUCUCUGCACACUGGACAGGUUUUCUUGUUGUGGGACAGGUUUUGUCCAGCACAGCUCUUCAUUGUCCCUGAGCAGGACUUGAGACUAGUUAAAAUGUCCAGAAAUGUGUGGUGUAUGCCACUUUUGUUUAUCACUGAACUGUUUCCUUUUGGCACUCACUGGGGAUGAAUUUGGAGCAUUUUCACAUUGUGGCUUGACCAGUCCGUCUUCUCCACAGCGGAAACAGAAACCUGGCUUUGAUGGAGUAGACUUCAGAUUGGUGGCCCCUAGUCUCUGAAAGGUCUUCAUAGCAGUGUGCGGCGCCGUUCUGGCCUGACUUGCAGUGAGGCCUGCCAGUUGUUUCUGAAUGGAAGACGUCUGUUCAGUUAACUGCUUUGUAAGGACAUGAUGGUGGAACACAUCGGGUUCCUCUUCAGCUCGUACAACUUGAACCUGACUGGUGACUUUCUGCCUUGUUGCAACUAAAUGCUGCUUCAUUCUAAUGUUCUUCGUUGCAUCUUGAUCUUCCUCCGUGCAAAGGAGUAGUACAAAGUCGGCAAAUGGAGGUGGGUUACUCUUUUUCUGCUUCAGCUGCAAUUCAACAAGAAGGUUGUUGUCCCAACAUCCUUGGCAAAAUUGGAUUAGCAACCGCUUGUCAACAUCUCUUGCAGAAACUCCUCUUCUCACCGCAUGCUGCAAGGCCACUUGGAGACGCUGCAGAUGGAUUUAUGCACUCUAUGCAGUAUCAAUGUGUGUUCAACUCCUCUGAGCUGCAGGACAUCGAGUACAUCAACUCCUACUUCUACAACAAGCAGGAGCUGCUGCGGUUCUCCAGCAGUCUGGGCAAAUACGUGGGAUACACAGAGCUUGGAGUGAAACAGGCAGAACACUUCAACAACGACCCAUCUUUGUUGGCUCGAAGGAGAAGGGAUAAGGAGGGAUUCUGUAAACACAACAUUGACCUCUUCUACAGAAACGUUUUGAGUAAAUCAGUUGCGCCCUACGUGAGGAUCCACUCUGAGACUCCUGACAGCGGCGGCCGCCGCUUGUUGGUCUGCAGCGUCUACGACUUCUACCCCAAAGACAUCCAGGUGGGCUGGCUGAGGGACGGACAGGAAGUCACGCAGGACGUCACGUCCACUGAGCGGAUGGCCGACGCCGACUGGUACUACCAGAUCCACUCCCACCUGGAGUACAUGCCCAGGUCUGGAGAGAAGAUCUCAUGUGUGGUGCAUCACGCCAGCCUGAAGGACCCUCUGAUCACCGACUGGGAUCCGUCCUUACCAGAGUCUGAGAGGAACAAGAUCAUCAUCGGAGCCUCUGGACUGACCCUGGGUCUGGUUCUGUCUCUGGCUGGUUUCAUCUACUACAAGAGGGAGGCCCAAGGUCAGAGACUGGGUCAAACCGGCCCACACCAGUCAGAGACCGGGUCAAACUGGUCCACACCAGUCAGAGACCGGGUUAAACCGGUUCAGUGUUCAAACCAGUUAAAAAUCAGUUCAACCUGGUCAAAACCACUUCAAACCCUCAUUCCAUCACAGUAACAAGGGGCACUGGUUGG